CACCUGAAAUGGGAGUCACACACUAUAUUUCCUUGCUCGACUUCGUGCCGGAGAAGCCAAUCAGCCCGCAGCUUUCCUGGCUUCCUGUCUCUCGUAGGUGUGUUCCUCCGUUGGCUCACCUGGAAAAGAAAAGAAAAAAGAAAAAAAAAAAGCGAAGAGCGCCCGACGCCCCGGGGAAAGCAAAGAAGGAGCAGGCGGGCCAGGGAGCCACCGCCGAAAACCUCCCCCGGAGAACCCCAUGGACGCACCGGCCUCCUCGCCCUCAAGACCGAGGAAGGGGACGCGCUUCAGGAAGCUUCACUGAUGGAGUCUGAGCCAAUCCAAGAGAGAGAUCCUUUCCCGCGGUCAACCCAUAGAACACAUGAAGCCAGCAAUCCUUCCUCAGCCAGAAAGUACCAUGAUGUCACAGAGGCUUUCGUCAUGAGCCAAGUUCCUGGAAGCGAGGAGGUGGAAGAGAAGGAGGAUCCGUCUCUUUCCCAUGAUCUGGCACUUCUCCUUGUUAUGAAAGAACACAUGUGGGAUGGAUCUUCUAACUCGACGGAGGAGAAGGAUACUUCCCAAGAUCUGGAAAGAAAGCCAAGAGAGGUAGAGAACUGGGAAGAAUUUUCAGGUGGAAAACAGGAUCUCAACAGAGGACAGCUCAGCUUGAAGGAAAGCCAGGCAUCUUCCUUAAAUUCCUUUGAUGGGGAAUUUGCAAGUUAUUCUUCAACCAGUUGCCAAUCUGUCUUUCUGGAUACAACCAGCCCUGUUUUUUCCCCUCCCAGAAAGGUCAGUGCAGGGCAAAUGGAGAGCUGUGUCGGUGAUGGUAGCUUUGGCCAACCUCCAAGUUUGCGUGACACACACUCUCAGACAUGGCAUGAGAAAUCAGCAAUGACCAACACUCUUCCUUGUCAAGAAGACUCCACCAGUGAAUCUCCUUUGGUGAUUCAUAAUAUUUCAAAUUGCCAUGAAAGUGCUGAUUUUUACAAAUCCUGGUCAGAUGAAGAGCAUUCGUGGCAACGACAGACGCAGCACACGGAGGACCAGAGCCUUGGUGAAGAAACGGACGUUGCAACGAGGAUCAAUGAAAUCUCCUCUAAAAGAGAACAAGCGAGUAAAAGAUUCAGCAAUCCUUCUUCGGAAGAGGAUGAGUUCAAUUUAGAUGGGGUUCGAAGAAAGGGAGGCAACGUUUUAUUCCAGGUAUCUUCCAAAGAAGGGGAGGAACAUUCAGGUGUUGAGGAUGAAAUAGGAGAUUCGGAGGAAAAUGUUCUCAGCCGCCUUGUUCUCCAGCUCCAGGAAGAGGAAGAGAGUGAUGUCAGAGUAAGCAACCCUUUUUUACUAAAGAAAAACAUCCAAACCAAUGAUAAUAUAAGCAACGUGAAUUGUGAGGAAUCAGAGUCAGACCAAAAACAGCUGUCAACCACAAGGAAGCCAGAAUUUACAGAAUCGGGGCCUCUGGAGUUGGCAGGCCGCGAGGAAGAGGGAGGGAGGGAUUUGAAUGAGAAAGCAGCAAAGAGUAAAUCCAAGACAAAUCUGGAGGAAGUGCAGUUGCCACACAAUGACCACGAAGAACAAGAAUGGGCUGUGCAAGCAACAAUAGAUCCCAUGCCUAUCAGAUCGGGCCAGGGCACAUUUGAUUCUUUGGAAAACAGUUUGGCUCUUUCUGGCUUAAACGAUAACAGUUCUGAAGAAUUUGCUUUCCCUUUGAAGGAGGUGUCCUCACCAGAUCACUCUCCAACGUCAGGUUCUGUGUGGCCUGAGCCUUGUGUCCAAACACUCGCUAUUGCAUUCCCUGGAAUGACCCCUGAAAGUUUUCAGCCAGGUAGUGGAAGCCCAAGACCACAGUCUGCCCUAUAUCACAACUCUGGACAAGUGGAACACUCCGGCAUCUAUGACGAAGCAAACACAACGUCCUGUUGUGAUCAAGAGAGUGCACAACCCACCGUGCGUGUUGGAAAAGAAGAUGUUGCAGAAGAGGAUGUUGGAAAAGAGGAAAAUGUAAGCAGCGCUGAUGGUGAACAAAUAACACAGUUGUUUGCAGAUGUAGCAUUAGGCAACGCCUCCCAAGAUCUCCAUGGCUCUCAAGUUGUGGGCGGUUCUUCUGGUGCAGAAAACAAUCCUGUCCCAUCUUUGAGGACUAUAACCGCCACUCUCCUGCAAGAAGAUCCUAGCAAGGGAGCCACGGAUGGGACUGUCACUUGUGCAGGAGAGGGAUCAGUUUUACAUUUCUCCAGCCAACUGGACAGAGAGAUCGGUGAUGAAGCUUCAGCACUGGACCGUGAUGGAGAGGGUCAUCUUCCCGCUUUUGGUGAGGACUUUGUCGAAGGCACUCAGAGUUCUACCUCCAAAGCCCCCCCAAAUCCAUCUCUAGAAGAAGGCCUGUCCAAUAUUGCCAAAGAGAUGAUAAAGUUAAGUCUCUCUUCCUGGGGGUCUGUCCAAGACACUACUGAAGACAACCUGAAGUCCCAUCAACAACUGAAACCAACAAUUCAGAAUGCUCUGUUUUCUGGGAAGGAAGCAGCAGCAGACACAGAUUGCACGGAAAAAGAUAUCUUAGCCAGUGAGUCACCGUGUUUUUCAGUACUUGGAAAAGAGGGAACAGAAUGUGACUAUAAUGCUGACAGCCUCUCAUCUUCCAGGACUCUUUUUGCAAUUACCACCGAUGCAGCUCAGCUAACCCAACCUUUGGCCUCAGUUCUAGUGGGAGACCCUGAGCAGAAUUUGGUCCUCGAAUCUGCUUCUCUUUUAUCCUCUGCGCAGCCCCUCCAGUUUGUAAUCCCUCCACCCGAGGCAAAUUUUAAUGCUCAGCCAACCCCCACAGGCCUUAAUCCUGACCGACUCCUAGAACAACGAGCUUCUUCCUGCCAGGUUAAUCCACUAGCCCCCAAAUCUUCCGCCAAUGAGACUGUUUUGGAGUAUUCGCCCUUAGGCCCUGAAACCAGAUCAUCUGAGCCGCUUUCCACCUCUGAAGGUGACUUGGAUCAGUGUUGCCAGGUUCCACGCUCCGUACAGAACUUUAAACAGUCUGUACUUGUGUCACGCCGUGCCAGUUUACCCAUUGUGUCUAGGCGUUCUGGGUUUCCUUCACUUGCUAGCAAUGCAGCUUCCCAGCGGACUAACUCUAAACAGAUCACACCGUCUGUAGCUGCUGGACCGACACAACCUCCAUACAUCACUGUUAGCAGAGGUUCUCACAGUUCCCGAUCAAAUUCCAAUUCCAGGAAGCAUCUCCUAGUCAGGGACAAUCCCUCUACACAGCAUAGGACCGAGGCUUCAGAAAACAACGCCCAUGCCUUCCGUACAGGAAGUGAGGAACCGACACAUCUUAGCCCACCGGUUAGCCGUCAUGCCUGUUGGGACUCGUCCUCUAUUUGCAAAAGAGGUGAUCUUGUCCUGGACAAUAAAAUGGAAGAGAUCUCUGGUCUUCCAUUGGCCACAUGCCCUGAGUUGGGUCUUUCUUUGUCGGACUUGCAAGGUGAAUUUUUAGGAAAUGGUGCCACGGGGGCAGAUUGUUUUCUCAGUGUUCCUGAAAGGAUAUCCAAGUUUGAAGAUAUGCCUGAUGGGAGGUCUUCUCACUACACGUUCCAUCCCUUGGGAGAUCGUGAGAAUCCGCGUGAAACCAAGUCCAGAAAUGGAAGGCAGCCUCCUUCUCUUUUAGCGUUCACUAACCCAAUCCACUUUCUCCAGCUCGGACCUCCCUCGCCGUCAAGUGAUCCAUACCCAGGGGAGCAUCAAGAACCACCAUGGCCAGAGCAACAGGCCAGGAAUUCGGGUGACCCAGUUGCCUCUCUUUCUGAAGGCCCAGGAAGGUUGAGAAAAGUCUUUGAAAAAUCAGCGGGGGAACCCAUUUGCCUGGCAGUCCAUAGAAAAGGCCUGGAAGGCAGACAUCAGCGCCUGGAGAAGUCCUCCAGCUGUCCAGACAAAAACACCAUCGGGUUGGGCACCAAAGAAUCCACUUUUGGCACAAAGAAGCAGGAGGCGGGAGCCAAGCAGCGAGCAAAAAGCAAAGAUUGGCAUCGACACGGCUUAAGAAAGAUUUCGAUACCGACCGACGGUGCCGUAGAAGUCUCCGUAGCUUCUCUCCAUUCGAAGGAGGAAGCCGCCGGACCUAAGGACAGAGCCAACCACUUAGACAUUGGGAAAUAUGGAGAGAAGAAAACACCAGAAACCCUAGAAAAUAUCAAACGCCGAUGUUCCAAACUGAUUAAUUCGUCCAAAUUGCUCUACCAGGAAUACAGCGAUGAUGCCCUGAACAAAGCAAUCCAGAGCCAAAAACAGGCGGAUUCCUUGUCCGAAGAGGCAGAACCGAUAUCUCCCAAGCUGCGCAAGAAAGUGCCGAUCUCUCAGGACUCUUACCUGCACCGCCUAUCCGUCUCGUCGGGCUCCUCCCUGUGGCAGGACAUCCCCAUGGUUCGAGGGAGCACCAUGCUGCUGAGCAUGACCCGCGAGGAGCAGAAGCUGCAAGAGGCCAAGUUUGAACUGAUUGCAUCUGAAGCGUCUUACUUGCGGAGCUUGAAUGUAGCCGUGGAUCACUUCCAACGUUCCCAGGAACUUCAGGGGGUUUUAACCACGCAGGACAAACAGUGGCUUUUUUCCCGUCUUCAGGAUGUCCGCGACGUUAGUGCCAAUUUCCUCUUUGAACUGGAAGAGAAACUUGAGGAGAACAUGUUCACCUUCAACGUCUGUGACGUGGCACUCAGAAACGCCCCCGAAUUUCGCAGGGUUUACUUGCCGUACGUGACCAACCAGACCUACCAGGACCAGACCUUCCAGAGACUCAUGAACGGAGUCCCUGCUUUCCAGCAGGUCUUGGAGAAACUGGAAAGUGAUCCAGUGUGCCAGCGCCUCUCCCUCAAAUCCUUCCUCAUUCUCCCAUUCCAGCGUAUCACCCGACUGAAGCUCCUUCUCCAGAACAUCCUGAAAAGAAUUCCACCAGGGGCUGAUGAAGAAGUCCAGGCCACACAGGCAUACGACGCUCUUGAGAAGCUCAUCAAAGAUUGCAAUGCAAAUGUCCAGCGUAUGAAGAGCACCGAAGAAUUGAUUCACUUAAGUCAAAAUAUGGAGUUUGAAUGCAAGAUCUUCCCACUUAUCUCCCAGUCCCGGCGGCUAGUGAAACAUGGAGAACUUACAGCUCUGGAAUACAAUAUCAGCUUGAAAUGGAAACUUACCACCCGGCCCAUCUACCUCCACCUCUUCAAUGAUUACCUCCUCCUAUCUCGACCUAGGGAGAAUGGGCGUUUCAUUGUGUUCGAUCAUGCGGCCUCCUCAGAUGUGCGUGGGGAAAAGUGUGAAAUGAAACUCCACGGCGACAACAAGAACCUUUUCCGCCUUUUCCUGCUGCAGAACAAUCAGGGGAAGAAAGUGGAAUUCCUCUUCCGCACAGAAACUCAGAGCGAGAAACUGCGAUGGAUUUCUGCUCUUAUGCCCCAACAGCCUGAACCUGACCUAUUGGAUGAUUCUGAUGCCCCUCAGGUGCAGUGUGUGAAAUCUUACAAGGCACGAGAACAUGAUGAACUGACUCUGGAGAAAGCCGACAUAGUCAUGGUCUUGCGGUCAAGCAGUGAUGGCUGGCGUGAAGGCGUGAAGCUCUCAGACGGAGAGAGAGGCUGGUUUCCUUUGGAUCACGUGGAGACCAUCUCCAGCAAACAAGUCCGACAGAUGAACCUGAAGGAAGAGCAGCGGGUGAAAAACGCCAAACAGCAGGUCUUUCGCAGGAGAUAAAAGAUUCCCACCCUGCCUCUCCAACUCCGGAGGACAUUGCAAGGUGUUAAAAAAGAAAAAAGAAAAACUGCCGUGUGAAUUGCGAGACCGAAGGGGCAAAGCACAAACUGGUGUCGUUGGC